UUGUCGCGGCGGCUGGGCUGGGCUGGGUUGGGCCGGCGGCGGGCGCGGGGCUGGCGGGAGCGGCUGCCCGGCGCGGUGCCCCGGCCCGGGGUGAGCAUGGUGCCCUAGUGCUGGGGCUAUGUCGGAGGCGGCCCGGAGCCUCCUGCAGCGCUGGGGCGCCAGCUUCAGGAAGGGUACCGACUUCGACUCCUGGGGGCAACUGGUGGAGGCGAUCGACGAGUACCAGAUAUUAGCAAGGCAUCUACAAAAAGAGGCGCAGUCUCAGCACAACAACUCGGAAUUCACAGAGGAUCAAAAGAAAACCAUAGCUAAAAUUGCAACAUGCUUGGAACUGAGAAGUGCAGCUUUACAGUCCACCCAAUCACAGGAUGAAUUCAAGCUUGAGGAUCUGAAGAAGUUGGAACCAAUCUUAAAGAAUAUCCUCACUUACAAUAAGGAGUUCCCCUUUGAUGUUCAGCCUGUCCCACUCAGGAAGAUUUUAGCACCUGGGGAAGAGGAACACUUGGAGUUUGAGGAGGAUGAUGAGGAAGGAGGAGCUGGAGCAGGGUCUCCAGACUCUUUUCCUGCUAGAGUUCCAGGAGCCAAUGAAGGUACUUUAUUACCCAGAUUGCCAUCUGAACCCGGGAUGACAUUACUCACCAUCAACAUAGAGAAAAUUGGUCUGAAAGAUGCUGGGCAGUGCAUUGAUCCUUACAUCACAGUCAGUGUAAAGGAUUUGAAUGGGAUAGAUCUGACUCCUGUGCAAGAUACUCCUGUGGCUUUGAGGAAGGAGGACACGUAUGUCCAUUUUAAUGUGGACAUCGAGAUUCAGAAACACGUUGAAAAACUAACAAAAGGUGCAGCUAUUUUCUUUGAAUUCAAACACUACAAACCUAAGAAGAGGUUUACUAGCACCAAGUGCUUUGCUUUCAUGGAGAUGGAUGAAAUUAAACCUGGGGCAAUUGUUAUAGAACUGUACAAAAAACCCACUGACUUUAAAAGGAAGAAAUUGCAGCUGUUGACCAAGAAACCACUUUACCUUCACCUCCAUCAAACAUUGCACAAGGAAUGACCCUAGUUGUGAGACUUCUGUGAACUGAACCACAAGUCAUGGUAGCUGUGUGUAGUAGCCUUAGCCUUCAAGGGGCAGGAAAAUGACUGUAUUCAUGCCAGUAGGUCAGACGGGACCAUCACACCCUGCACAGCACUACUUCAGGGUCAGAAGCAAGCCUACCAUUCAAGUGCAAGAUUUUUCCAGUACCUUCCAGAUACAGGUUUUGUUUGGGUUUUUUUUUUUUCCUGAGAGCCCUGAAAUACGUUGACUGCUUUUCCUAAUUUUGCUGUUCAUCACUUUUUUUAUCUUAACUGUUGUUAUCCUUUUGCCUCAAACUCCACCCAAGGAUGGAGGCUGCCCCUUUGCCAAACCUGUAGCAAUAAAGAUGUGGCAGGCCUACUAACUGUUUACACUUGCUGUGCUAUUGUAGUUCCUCUCAUCUGCAUUUUGGAGUUCUCUGUAGUGGGCUGGGUGGCAGAAGACCAGGAGAAAGAUGAGGUGGGGUGGGAAGGCGCUUGAGGUGCUGCAAGUGAUUUGAAGUGAGAGAGAGGAGGAGGAUGCUGGGUGAAGCGGGGUGGCCACAGAAGAGCUCCUCAGCCAGCUGUUCUGCUUUGGUCAGGCCAGGAGGAGGACAACUGCAGAUGAGAAUGCUGAACUAUGAUUUUUAACAGCCUUGCCUGAUCCACUCGUACUGAGUUUUGGAUACAAUACCCAUUACAAUCCUUUAAAUCACCUGUUACUCCCCAAUAGAACUCAUUUUUCCUGUAUCUUGUCACAGAGUGAUUUGCAAAGGUGGGUCGGGGAUGGAGAGAGGCUUCAUCCUCGUGGUGGUGGGUGUAUCACCGUUUCGGUGACAGCAGGACAGGCCCCUCAGUGUUCAAUUUUCCAGAGCUUUUGGCAAAGUAGAUCUGGCUAGCAGGUUGACCCACCUUUUACAUGAAACUGCUGUUCUUAUGGAAACUGAUUGUGUGCAGUUUUCUGCAUAUUUUGUGCAAGUCUGGAAACUUACUCUAAAAAUUACCUUUUUAUGUAAGUAGAUAGGAUUAUCAUUUAUUUUCUAUAUUUUUUGAUUUGGUGUGUAAUAAGCUGCAGGACAUUGGCUUAUUAUGACACACUUGCAUUCACCUUUUGACCUAAUAAAGGGACAGAAGUAGAACCCAGUCAAAUCUUUCCUAUAUUUGCGUGGAUAUUUAAUACAAUACUUUAAGGUUUGAUAUACUUCUUGCAUAUCUAACUAGUGCCUAAAUACUCUGCUAUGCUAACAAAAGACCCAACCCCCCAAAUAUUGUCAAAUAUUAGGUUUAUUUUAAACAGUCUGGAUGUGGAUGUAUCCCCAAUUCCUCUUUUCUGUUGUGUAACCCCAAGAUGUUACGUUAUGUUUUAAUGGAAGGGUGGUUACUUUUCCUCAUGAUGUUUGUCUGUCUGCAGGUGGUUUGGUUUUUUUGCUUUACCAUAUUGAUUAGGAUAAAAAAAGCUCUUUUUUGAAUGUCCUAAUCUUCUGGCAUAACAAGAGAUGACAUCCUUUAGGUGUUGUGACAGAAGUCAGCAACACUUUCUGGAGGGAAGAGGGGGGAAGCGCAAUUGAAUUUUCAUGGUUAUGGGUCUUUACCCCAGUGGUGUUACAUCUGAUACAUUGAAUUUCAAGCCCUGAAAAGAGAUCCCUACAAGUUAUGGAAAUACCUCUGCAUGCAGUAUUCUGGAUACCAGACAGAAGGAGAACAUCACAUACAUUCUGAGAAAAUACAUAAAAAUAAUCCUUUGAACUCUGCAAAAGGAUGGAGCAAAGCAUCAGUCUGUGGCUGCAAACAACUCUGAGCUUGGUCAGUAGCUGUGUUACCUGCCAGCGGUCCCUGGCUGGCUCGGGUCCCUUUCUGACCACCUGAGCAGCUGUAGCACUGAGCGUUGCUGUCAGUCAGUCCUGUGUCCCCUGUGACAGGCACCACCCUCACUGCCCUCCUGGUGCUCCCAGAGGAUGAUUCCCCCAGCUUUACCCUGUGAAGGCUAUAGCGGGGGCAGGGGGCGAGGUGGCAAGGGAGGAGAUGCAAAGCAGCACAAAGCUGGCUCUAGGGGAAGGAAAGAGCCUGAACUCAGACAAACCCGACUUUCAAAUGCAAAUGUUCAUCAGUGUGUGUGUGUCAUCAGCCACUAGCAAAUCAAAUGCUAUCACUUCAAUUAUGAACCCAUUGUGUCAGCUGCUUGUCUCUUCCCCAGCUUGUAGAUGUCUGUAUUAACUCCAGUUAUAUGAAAUGUCAACUUUGAAGUAUUUUUGUUAAAUACACAAGUAGAGCUUUGUAUUUAACUGUUGUGAAUUAAUGUCUGUAGCGUGUGAAAUACCAUUUUUAAAGUUGCUUCUAUCCUUUGCAGGGGUUUUUUGUGAACUUUCACUGAAAGGACUACUAUUCCCUACAACACAAGCUCUUGUAUUAUUUUAUGCUUUAGUGAUGUUCUAUCUUGUCUUUCAUCUAAAAAUCUAAAGCUUAAUACUUGUACUGUAAGAAUGUAACACCUAGAUGCCAAGUUUCAUGGCUGCUUGUACUCUGGCAGUAAAGCUGUAAUGGCCUUUCA